CGCAAGCUUCCGACGACGUCGGUAUGAAAUGGCAGAAACUGCUCUUACCACGGAAGCACAAAGAUUAGGUUACGUAGGAGCUACACAUGUAUUUUGCGGUGAUCCCGGCCUGCUAGCGUGAGGGAAACGGGACUACAUCCGGAGGAGGAAAAGGGAUUAAAGUGCUGUUUUUCUCCAAACAAGAAAAACAAGGAAAAACGGCCGGGUUGUGUCUCCAGCAGGCAGCGAACGGCGACUGCGGGUCGAGACUGUUGGAACUAACCGGAGAGGGGUCUUGAGAGGAGAGCUCCACUUGGAUGCCCAGUCACAGUUUUUGUCCAAGGCUUCACCAUGAACCGGAACAAGCGUGAAAAGGAGUACUACAGUAUAGAUGUGGGCGAUUCAACUUUUAUGGUAUUAAAGCGCUACCAGAACCUCAGACCCAUUGGAUCCGGAGCACAGGGAAUUGUCUGUUCAGCGUAUGACCACAACUUGGAGAGGAACGUUGCCAUCAAGAAGCUGAGCCGGCCCUUUCAGAAUCAAACUCAUGCAAAACGGGCCUACAGGGAACUGGUGCUCAUGAAAUGUGUCAACCACAAGAACAUAAUUGGCCUAUUAAAUGUGUUCACGCCACAGAAGACACUGGAAGAAUUCCAAGAUGUCUACCUAGUGAUGGAGCUGAUGGAUGCAAACCUCUGCCAGGUGAUUCAGAUGGAGCUGGACCACGAGAGGCUGUCCUACCUGCUCUACCAGAUGCUGUGCGGAAUCAAGCACCUACACUCCGCAGGCAUCAUACACAGGGACCUGAAGCCCAGUAACAUCGUAGUGAAGUCUGACUGUACUCUCAAGAUCCUGGACUUUGGCCUGGCCAGGACGGCCGCCACUGGCCUCCUCAUGACGCCCUACGUGGUCACCCGCUACUACCGCGCCCCUGAAGUCAUCCUGGGCAUGGGCUACCAGGCAAAUGUUGAUGUCUGGUCUGUUGGCUGCAUCAUGGCUGAAAUGGUCCGGGGUAGUGUGUUGUUUCCAGGCACUGAUCAUAUCGAUCAGUGGAAUAAGGUGAUUGAGCAGCUGGGGACACCAUCUCAGGAGUUCCUGAUGAAACUCAACCAGUCUGUGAGGACUUACGUGGAGAACCGGCCACGGUAUGCUGGCUACAGCUUCGAGAAGCUCUUCCCCGAUGUCCUCUUUCCUGCAGACUCCGAACACAACAAACUGAAAGCAAGCCAAGCCCGAGACCUACUAUCCAAGAUGCUGGUAAUCGAUGCGUCAAAACGGAUCUCAGUGGACGAGGCUCUCCAGCACCCAUAUAUCAACGUGUGGUACGACCCAACUGAAGUGGAGGCGCCACCGCCAGUGAUCACAGACAAGCAGCUGGAUGAGAGAGAGCACACAGUGGAGGAUUGGAAAGAGUUGAUAUAUAAAGAAGUGUUGGAUUGGGAAGAAAGGACAAAGAAUGGCGUCAUCAGGGGACAGUCAGCGUCCAUAGGUGCAGCAGUGAGCAACAGCCACCACCAGCACCACCAGCACCACCCCUCCACAUCCUCCUCCGCCUCCGCCAAUGAUGUCUCCUCUAUGUCCACUGACCCGACCCUGACGGAAACCGACAGCAGCCUGGAGACGGCCGGCUCCACCGCUGUUGCCGCCGCCGCCACCGACGCUGCUGCCACGGCCACCGGCCCCCUGGGCUGCUGCAGAUGA